UCUCUCUGUCUAUCACCUUCAUCUUUCAUCGUCCCGCCUUUUUCUAAUAACGAAAUGUCUACGAACUGCAGACGACGGCUCAUCAGAGACUUCAAGCGAUUGUCGACGGAUCCUCCCGGUGGCAUUUCCGGAAGCCCAUGUCCGGACAACAUCAUGCUAUGGAACGCCGUUAUAUUUGGACCAGCCGAAACACCCUUUGAAGACGGCACUUUCAAACUUCUCCUCACUUUUGACGAAUCCUACCCCAACAAGCCCCCCACCGUCAAAUUUCUCUCACGGAUGUUCCACCCAAACGUAUACGCCAACGGCGAGCUCUGCCUGGACAUCCUCCAGAACCGAUGGUCCCCGACCUACGAUGUUGCCGCGAUCCUAACAUCGAUACAGAGUCUGCUGCAUGACCCGAACCCUAAUAGCCCAGCUAACGCAGAAGCAGCGCAGCUCUAUAGGGAGAAUAUGAAGGAGUAUGUGAGACGAGUGAAGGCGACGGUGGAGGAGAGCUGGUUGGAUCCGGAAGAGAAGGCGGAGAUGGAGGGCCAGGAGAGUGCAUCUACAUAGACUCCGAUAGCGGCGCGUACAACGACAUUUCAUUCUUCCUAUCUAUCGUUACAUACAUCCUGUGAUAUACACUACUUUAUUUAAUGUCAUCUCAAUCCAUACACCUGCCUUUUUGCAGGCCGUCGCAUAUUACAG